AUGGCCGCUCUCGCUUCUCCAUCGCCAAUCCCCAUCUCCUCUUCCGAUUGGGCCGGCAAUGGAAGGGACCUCUACCGACGACCUUCGAAACGGACUCUCACGCGCACGACUUCUGGACAACUUGGAUCAAGGAGAACAUCGCCGCUCGUGCUGAGCGCUCAAGCAGCGUCAAGGACGUUCGAAGAACGUGGUGCAGCAAAGGUUUCGGUUGGUGAUAGCUCUGAUGAGGAGGAUUUAGCGCCAAUCAAAUUGAGUGCUGAGGCGAGGGAGAUACUCGGGGAGGAAGCGAGUCAGGUUUCGACAAGUCCAGGAGCUGGUAAGAUUGAUGAUGAUUCGGCACAGAGGAGAUUGGCUUUGAGACAAGCAGAAAGGUUGGGGCUAGCUGCGAGAGAGGCGGAGAGAUCAAGUGGCAGCCCUUUGCCGAGAGCUGCGCAGCAUGGUUCAGGAAGCAGGCCGCAGGCCGCAGCGCUGGGGAGAGAUGGAUCAUUCUUCUAUAAGAAAAUUGGAGAUCACGGGUCCGGCGGACAGGCGUUAGAUGCGAUUACUCCGGCGCCACAGGUGAGGACAGUACGGAUCAACGGGUCGAGGAGUCAGACGAGGUCACCACCUUCAAGUUCUCCUGCUACACAGACACAGAAUGGCGACUCUCAGACAAAGCAAAGCUCAGAACCGCACGAUCAUGAAAGGUCUGGAGGGCGAAGAUCUGACAUCACCGCCGAGGAUGAGGUUGCGCCUCUUGGUUCAACUACGGUGACAAAAAGUCGUCGAGGAGAGGAACAUGGCCUACCAAGCACAAUGCGCGUAAAGAGGACUGGCAAAAUGACUGGUACAUUCCUUAAUGGUCCGGUGAGAAGAGGUAUGAUCAGGCGGCAGAGUGAGGAGGAAGAUGUACAUCCGCAGAACAAUGACGGGUUUUCUCACGGUAGCCCUGGGCGAUCGCAGGAUGCUGAGGAAAUGGAUCAAGGAACCAUUGGUGAGUCUCGAUCUCGCAGUCCGGCACAUCGAAACGUCGACAUCAAUACACAAGCCAAACAUCACAAUGCUAGUCCUCCUCACCUCCACGUAUUGUUCGCUCCUUCAGCCACUAUUGUACCCAUCCAAGAAAGGGCCGAGCUCAAACACGAGAAGCUCCAUUCCCCAGAGCUAGCUUCACACCAAGUCCCCAAUCCAAUAAGCUAUGGAUCGAAUCAAUCAUCGAGGUCGUCAAGUGUUCGAGCGCAGCACAUAUUCAAGGUGCCUCGGCCACCACAAAUGCCCUCGACUCAUGACCAGGAGAACGAGCCGCCUCCGACGUUCAAGCGGUCAAAGCCUGCGUCAUCUGUUCUAGGAGAAGUCAACAAGGUGGCGGUGUUUGGUGAGAGAAACCACAACAAUGCCACACCAGCAACAAGCUCGCCUCAACGCAAACCACUUGCCCCACGGUCACAGAAUACACCACACAGGGUGGCACCUCCACCUCCUAAGAUGUCAGUUCUUGAAGCAGCCACCUCGAAUGCAGGCUCUACGCGCAGCAAGAAGAAGGUCGCCUGGAGCGUUAAUGGUAAGCUUUUCACUCGCCUCGACUGUAUUGGGAGAGGAGGAUCUAGCCGUGUCUACCGCGUCAUGGCGGAGAACUAUAAGAUGUUUGCUCUGAAGAGGGUAAAUCUGGAAGAAGCUGAUGCAGCAUCAAUUAUUGGCUACAAGGGAGAGAUUGACCUUCUACGUCGGCUUGAAAACGUGGAACGAGUGGUCAGGCUCUUCGACUACGAGAUCAAUGAUGAGAAGGGAGAACUCAAAGUGCUGAUGGAGAUGGGAGAAUCAGACUUCAAUCGCAUGCUCAAUCUGCAGAUCAAGAGCGAGAACGCCAAGUUUGAUCCCAGCUUCACGCGGCACUAUUGGAGGGAGAUGCUCGAAUGUGUGCAAGCUGUUCAUGACUACGGAAUUGUGCACUCGGAUCUCAAGCCGGCGAACUUUCUGGUCGUUCAGGGCAGGCUCAAGAUCAUUGAUUUCGGCAUUGCGAACGCUAUCCAGGAUAAUACCGUGAAUGUCCACCGCGAGAACCAGAUUGGGACACCCAAUUACAUGAGCCCUGAAGCCUUGGUUGACUGCAAUGCUGUCAAUGGAAGAAGAGAUCCGAAGGGCCAGCUGCUCAAGAUCGGCAAGCCCAGCGACGUCUGGAGUUUAGGAUGUAUCCUCUACCAGAUGGUCUAUGGAGCACCUCCAUUCGCACACAUCGCCAAUGCACACCAACGAGUCAUGUCUAUUCCCAAUCCCAAAGUUGCGAUCAACUUCUCAGCCACGGGCGUGGGCGGGGUGCCCGUCCCGUCAGGCCUGCUUAAGAUCCUAAAACGUUGCCUCGAGCGCGAUCAAAGCCUUCGACCUACCAUCCCUGAAAUGCUGAGCACAUCGGAUCCUUUUCUCAACCCGAGGGAGUUGAUGGCAGACCAAGUGGUUAUUGACCAGCCGAUGCUGGGACAGGUGCUACAGAAAGUUGUUCAUUACUGUCGAGCAAAUCCCCGGAACCUGCCGGCUGAUGGCACGUUGAAUGAGUGGGCAGGGACGUUUUUGGAGAGAAUUGGGAGGUUGGAUGAAGGCGGAUGA